AAAUUUAUUAACGAGAAAACACUCCAGUGUGUUGGGGUUUGGGUUUUGGGUUUAGCACUUUCUCCUCGCUUGCUUAGGUUGUAGUUGUGCCCUGCUCACAGCACUUCUCCAGCGCUGAACCGUAGCAGCUUCGGCAUCAGCAGGAGAACAAACAGAAAAACAGGGAGGAUAAGAAAAUGUGGUAUCUGUGCGUGUUCUAUCAUAGGUUGCUGGAUUACAGGAGACCCGAAGUGGAAUCUCUGGCAGAGCUCUUCGGUGCUUUCGGAGACUCGGCCGAGCAGAAGUCCUUGGAAUGGAAGCUUCCACAACAUCACCACCCGGACUCUCCUUUCCACUUCGUCAAUCUUCCUUCUGAGGAUGUUGCUCGAAGAAUCGCCAAUCGAAGCAUUCUUGUGAAAGGAAUAUAUGAACUUUGGGGAGAAGGAAGUAGCUAUGAGGAAUUAGAAGAGAGUAUAAGAUGUUAUCCUGAAGAGCAGAAGUUGCCAUACUUGACUCCUGAAAGUACCUUUAAAAUUACUGUUGACAGCUUUGGGAAGGUUAUUAGCUUUCAGGAGCAAAAUGAUCGCAUUCAAGGCCUCUCUUACAUCCCAUUUAAGGGUCGGGUUAAUUUACGAAAUCCAGUUCACAAGUUCUGGCUUAUGGAGACUGAUGACUAUGGAUCUAAUAAUGGGCUUCCCCCCAUGGUUCAGAGGAGAAUCUUUUUUGGUCGAGCGGUUGGUGCUGCUGAUAGGAAGCUCUUGCCAACUUAUCAGCUGAAAAGCCGCAUUUACAUUGGUCCAACAGCCAUGGAUGCAGAAAUGGCUUUCUUAAUGGCCAACCAAGCAUUGGCUGCAGAAGGGAAACUUGUCUAUGACCCUUUUGUUGGUACUGGUAGCAUUCUUAUUGCUGCAUCUCAUUUUGGAGCAACAACUAUGGGUUCAGAUAUUGACAUUAAAGUUUUGCGUGAUGGACGUGGCCCAGACUGUAACGUUUGGAGCAAUUUCAAGCAGUAUGGCUUACCCAUGCCGAUUUCUCUGUUACGGGCAGAUAAUAACCUUCCUCCCUGGCGUCCUGGGUUGAAAGAGGUGUUCGAUGCCAUAAUUUGUGAUCCUCCUUAUGGGGUUCGUGCUGGUGGACGUAAAUCUGGUGGUCGGAAAUUGUUAAAGGGGACUGUGAGUCCUUACACCGUUCCUGAUUACCACAGGGCAGAUCACAUACCAUCAACUGCAGCGUACAGCUUAGCUGAGUGCAUACAUGAUUUGCUCGAACUUGCCACAAGGAUGCUUGUUAUGGGUGGCAGGCUGGUUUUCUUCUAUCCUGUCCUAAGAGACAACGAUCUAACAGACAACAGGUUCCCAGAACAUCCAUGUUUCAAAUUGGUUGCCACUUGUGAGCAGAUUUUAAGCUUACGGUACAGCCGGGUUCUGCUGACCAUGGUGAAGACGGGACCAUACACAGAGGAGGUUGCAGAGUUGGCUAGGAUAAAACACCAGGAGUUCAAGGAGAACCAUCUCAAGUGGCUGCAAGGUGGUAAUCUUCAUUCCGCAGUGUUCUGUCCUUCUGAGGCCCAAGGGUGUGAGCCUAAAUUCAAUAAGGAAUUAAAGCCCAAAUACAGAGGAAAAUACGUAUAAUUUUCUACAGAAGAUUGCAUUUUAAUUGGCCAGGCAAAUAUUUAUGCCUCACUGACUAAUCUCUGCAUUUUUCCAAUGAAAUUGUGCGUGCAUGUGACAAGCAUUUUUGCGCCCCGUAGUUCUAAAUUCUAAUCCUCUUCUGUCGAAAA